CGGACGUAUGAGUGCAUUUAUUUUAAGAGGAAUAAACAAUAAAAAUCGUUCAUUAUCUCAAUAUACAAAGUCAUUAAUCAAAGAUACGGAUCAUAGGAGACAACUAAAACCUCCUAAUGAUUUUUCAAAUUUAAUUGAAAAGGUUUCAAAGCCGCCAAUUGGUUAUACUUUCGAUCAAUCCCGAAGAUACGCACCAGUAGUACUUCUGACAGCAGCCAUCGAGACGCUAAAUAGUCCAAUUGGUCUAAGUAAACUUUACGAGCAUUACAUUUCAUCUUAUGAUUUACAAAAUGAAGUUGAUUUAAAGAAAGCUGUUCAUUUGACACAAGUAAUGCGUGAAUCUACAUUGAAAACCAUCACUUUAAACGGUGUAGCCAAGGCAAUAAAUUGUCUAUCCGCCUUACGUGAAGCUACACCUCAGAUUAUAAAGGAUAAUAUACCACAACUUCCUUCUAGACAACUAAAUUCAAACAAUCUCGAAGACUUUAGAAACAACGGACGCGAAUUAUGGGACUCAAUUUACGAUCCUUUUCAUGACAAGCUGAUUGACAUACUCAACUCCAAUCAUCCUGAUAUGGCUAACUACAUCUUAGAUCACCAUUAUUCAGCUUUAUUGGCAGCACCAACAAAGGACAACCCAGUUGGGAGAGUCGAAACCAGCCUCAUAGCUAUUGCAUGUUUAAGGGCCCAAGGUGGGGUUAAUUCUCAACUUUUAAGUCAUGCAUUCGGUUUAGAAAAAGCUGGCCAAGAAAACUAUGGUUGGUUAGCAUCAGAUAUUGGUGCAAAAUGGGCAAUUGAAUCGACAGAUAGUAUAGUUCAGGAGUUUAAUAAAUCUUAUGCUAAACUAUGAGUCUAAAAAUAAAUACAAUGCAUUGCAGUUUAUAUUGAUGAUAAAUGAUUUGAGGGAAGCUUGAGUGCAACUUUUAACAAAGAUAUUCUAGCAAAUUCGUUCUGGGGUGAUUCAUCAACGUGCAUUUGUUGAACUUGUUGUUUCUUUACUGUUGAUGAUCUACUUGCUCUCUUUGAACGCUUAGUUGAUGCAGGUUUGGGUAUUGGUGGCGCGACAACCUUGAAUAUAUCCUUUUGAUUCUCAUUAUCGCUAUAGCUAUCAUCUACUUCCAUUUUAAGUCCAUCAUCAUAUUCAUUUGGUUGUGAUGAUGAUUUCUUAAGUGCAUCUUGAUUGAUUUUCUCGGCCAUGGAUUUGAUAUAAUCUAAAACCCCAGCUGGAUCGGUUUCUGGUCUGUCAUGGAUUUCUCUAUAAUCAGAUUUACUCAAAUCUUUGACAUUCUCGUCAAAGAGUAGUUUGCGACAAUCAACCUUUGCAGAGGACGACCUUAAGUAUGCCUUGAAAGCUAAAUUUCUAAUUUGUGCGAUCCUUGUUUUAUCAUAAUAAUCGAAUGAUGGUUGAAGGUUGUCGAGGUUACCAGUUUCAAAACUUUGUUGAAUAUCUUCAAGAAGGGUAUAAUGAUCAGAAAUUUGUUCAAAGUAAUUGGUCUUCAAACGUUGAAUUAAUAAUUGUGAACGUGGAUCAUCAGGAGAAAGAUUACUUUCAUUGAUAAUUUCUUGAAUGUAGUUUAAUAUACUAUUCAAGUAAGCUUUACCUUGAACACCACCAAAAAAAAUAUCAUCGAUGAAUUCCUUAGAAUUUUGAAUUUGAUCGUGUAGAUAAUUUCUAUAAAAGACCUCCCAAUUACCAUUAUAUGAGUCAGGUUUAACGUGACCUAAUUUAUCGUUCAAGUAAUUAGAGAUUUUAUGACUAAAUUCUUCGUUUAUUCUUUUCGACAUGGCGUGUAUCAUUGCGUCACCUUCAACAUGAUAUGCGGUCUUGAUAAAGUUUUCAUUGUGACCACAAAGAAUAGAGGGAACAUGUUGGAAAGCACCAUAAUCUAGUACUGUCGCUUGUCUUGCGCCAUCGUUUAUUUGAUCAGGUGUUUGU